CAGUUAAAAAGGAACUAAAAGUAACCUGACGUUACGUCGCGCUGAAUUACCGGGAGGAUAAUGUCAAAGUCUGGCUCCCUUAUCUCGGUGAAGAUUUUCUCUUUGCGGUGACAGAGGUCCUUUGAUUGUCUAAAGGAAAAACUCCACAAAAGGGACUGAUAAAAUGUAAGAAGUAAGAAUAAAGUGAAGAAUCCAAGGACUGCAUGAGAGAAAAGACAUACAUCACAAACGACUGACAGUGCUUUAAACAAGAACAUCCUAAAGAAAAGGAAUACAACUCAGUAAAGAACUGAACUGAAAAUCCAGUGGACUUUUUCCUUGACUUUCCCCCCCAAAGCAUAUGCUUUUGUUGAAUAUGUGUCAUAAAGGAAGGUCAACACAUGAGCGAAGAUGAACCCUUAUGUCACUUCACACUUCAGGAGGGAUCUUUUUCCCCAUUUCCAUUUGUUGUAGACUUUUGUCUACCUCUCUCUAACUGAUUAAAUGAAAUGGCAUCUUCUAUAUUUGUACACUUAUAGCAGUAGCUCUUAUCUGUUGUUUUUCAGUCCUCUUUGUACUCACCACAGUGCAGGGUUACAGUUGAGGUUUGACUCUGUCUGCUGCUUCAGAGAGGAUGUGGAUACUCUGUGUAACUGUAACCAUGGAAAAGGUUGGGAAAGGUAAAUACUAACUACAAGCAUACCUUUUAAUUUCCAGAUGUAUGUGCACAUUUAUUGAUUUUUUUUUUAGACUUUAAGAACAUUUUCUAUAUAUUAAUUAAUUCUCUAUGUUUGUGUAUGCCUUUUUAGAUGAUUACUAUAUAAUUUGAAUUGCAUCUGCAUAAGAUAAUCUUUUGUUUGUGGAAACUUUCUGAUGUUCAGGUAGCCUUUUGUGAUCUGGUUCAAACAGAGAUGAUGAGUAAGAGACUACAAUCCAAACACCCAGUUACAGUUUCAGCCACUUUAGUUCUCUACACUUCUCAAAUCUUCUCCUACUUUGGCAAACACCUGAUCUUCCUACUCUGGCACUCGACCUCCAGAAAAAUCUAGAAAACUUCCUCAGGCAUAGGAGAUUUCUCAGCCGUAAUGCUGAGCUGUAAUGAGGGGUUGUGAAACUGGAGAGAACGUGAUCGUAAGAAUUGGCAUGUUUUUUUUUCUUUUCUGGCUUCAUGUUGGAAAUGUUUAUAUCAUAUUGUCUCAUUUUAAGUUAGUUUGGAGUAUUUGUCUGUCCUGUAUGCAUCUUGUUACAGUAUUAUAGAAGCUACCCUAACUAGCUGUAUAUCCUUUACAUGUUUCCAUCUGCAUCCUCCUAUUCGAUCGAUUGCAUCCGUUUAUAAUUUUUGUCAACUGAUGCCUGCUCGAAGCUUCCCUUUUUUUGUUUUGAAUUGAACAGAACCAAUCCUGCAUGCUUUUUGUGUCUGUUGAGUUCAAUCCAGCCCUACCACUCCUUUUUCAAAAGAAUUCUUACAAACGAAAUAGACUCAUUGGGCUGCUGCUUAUAUCCUUCUUUUUAACUCACCUCAGUCAGUGGGUAUAAUUUAAGGACAUUGGUUGUUAAUGAAUGCACCUGUGGACCUACUUCAAGACCAAACCCUUUGUUUGCUGAGUGGAUCCAUCACUGGGAAACACCAUUACAAGUAAGGGAAAGUAAGUGACUGAUCAGUGGCCUUGGAGGGAAUUUUCCUCUGGUUACCAUUGGCCACUAUGGACUUGCAAUUAUCUCUUAAUUAAGAAGGACUGAUGGACUGACUGUGGUGACACCAAACAUCUAAUUGACUGUAUCAAGGUGCUUAAUUGCUACAUCAGCAAUCGAGUCAAGGCAUACUCAGGAAUACACAGUUAUUGUACACCAUAAGAAGAGGAGACUUAAUUAUACAAGAUGGGAGCGGCGCGCGUGAAACGGCGCUUCAGUGCUGUGGUGGACGGGCCAGUGGAGGAGGAGGAGGUCAUGAGGCUGGCACAGAGUGCUGCAGACACGGCUGGGGCAGGGGGGAGUCCAACAGGGUCAGGAACCCCAAGCAGCCCCUCCCCGACCCAUGCCCUGAACGGCAAAACUCUACCUCUCCAGAGCAACACCAACAAUGCACGGAGGCAGAGCGCCAUCGGAGAGUCAGUCGGGGGAGAUGCAGGAGAUGGCGGGGUGAGAACAGGAGGAAUGUGCUCAGGACUCAAGAGUGGGAGAGGCAGUAAUGUAGGAGGAAGAGGAAAAGGCCAUUCAUCCCAGGACCAAAAUUCACUCUCUUCCCCCUCCACUACUAACCGCCGGCGCAACAGGCGCUCAAGCCGCCGGCCCCGACAACGCUUUGUGGGCAAGGACGGACGCUGCAACGUCACCUUUGUCAACAUGAGCGAGAGGGGCCAGCGAUAUCUCAGCGACCUCUUCACCACCUGUGUGGACAUCCGCUGGCGCUGGAUGCUGGUCAUCUUCACCCUCUCCUUCCUUCUCUCCUGGCUGCUCUUCGGAUUUGCCUUCUGGCUCAUUGCCACCCUGCAUGGGGACCUCUCCAUUCGGCUUACCCCCAGCUCAGGUUCCUCUCUGGGAUCAGGAGAGGCCGGGUCUGAAGGAGAGCCUGAUAGAGAGGCGGUGUUUCAGGAGCCAUGCUUCCUCCAGGUGAACAGCUUCAUGGCGGCCUUUCUAUUCUCCUUGGAGACGCAGACAUCCAUUGGUUACGGCUUCAGGAGUGUGACCGAAGAAUGUCCCCUGGCGGUGAUGGCGGUCGUUUUGCAGUGCAUUGUGGGCUGCAUUAUUGACGCCUUCAUCAUCGGGGCAGUUAUGGCAAAGAUUGCCAAGCCCAAGAAGCGCAACGAGACUCUGGUGUUCUCUGACACAGCCGUGGUGGCGCUGAGGGACGGAAAACUCUGCAUGAUGUGGAGGGUCGGAAACCUACGCAAGAGCCACCUGGUAGAGGCACAUGUUCGAGCACAACUACUGAAGCCUAGGGUGACAGAAGAGGGAGAGUUCCUCCCCUUGGACAAUAUGGACAUCAAUGUGGGUUUUGACACUGGCACAGACCGCAUCUUCUUGGUCUCGCCAGUGACUAUAGUCCACGAGAUCAACGAUGAGUCACCCUUCUUUGAGAUCGACCGAAAGACCCUGGAGACUGACUCUGAAUUGGAGGUGGUGGUCAUACUUGAGGGCAUGGUGGAGGCUACAGCUAUGACCACACAGUGCCGUAGCUCCUACCUGGCUUCUGAAAUUCUCUGGGGACACCGAUUCGAACCAGUGCUCUUCGAGAGGAAAGACUGCUACCAGGUGGACUAUUCGUUCUUCCAUCGGACAUAUGAAAUCCCAAAUACACCUUCGUGCAGCGCUAAAGAGCUUGCUGAGGAGAAGUACAUUCAAAGGUCACGCUCAUCAUUCUGCUACGAGAAUGAAGUCGCUCUGCAACUCGUCUCCCCUGAGGAUGAGCUUGACCAAGACCCUGAGUGUCCCUCCCCACCAACCCGGAGGCAAUCCCUGGCAGAACAUCUCCACUACAACUGAACCUGCAGGAUAGGAAGCCUUUAGGGAAAAGAGACAGGAAAUCUGCCCAGAGGUCAAGAGGAAGAACAGGCAAGAAGAGAGGGUUAGACAGGUCAGAAUGGGCAGACCAAGAGUGACAGGAUUAAAAGUAGAUAAGGCCAGUGUCAGGAUAGGAUAGGAAG